AUGACUUCAAGUGAUAAAAUUAGCUUUUGUUUAAAUUGGGAGGCUACACCAUAUCAUAUUCCAAUUUUUUUAGCUCAAUCCAAAGGAUAUUUUCAAGAUGAAGGAUUAAAUAUUGCGAUACUCGAGCCAUCAAAUCCAUCUGAUGUUACUGAAUUAAUUGGUUCUGGAAAAAUUGACAUGGGAUUAAAAGCAAUGGUUCAUACAUUAGCAGCAAAAGCUAGAGGGUUUCCAGUUACUUCCAUUGGAUCCUUGUUGGAUGAACCUUUCACUGGUAUUUGUUAUUUGGAAUCUUCGGGUAUUACUUCAGAUUUUCAAUCUUUAAAAGGUAAAAGAAUUGGGUAUGUUGGUGAGUUUGGUAAGAUUCAAAUUGAUGAAUUAACUAAAUAUUAUGGAAUGACACCUGAUGAUUAUACCGCUGUAAGAUGUGGAAUGAACGUUUCUAAGUACAUUCUCGAAGGUUCAAUUGAUUGUGGAAUAGGUAUUGAAAGCAUACAACUAGUCGAAUUAGAAGAAGCUUUGAAAAAACAGGGAAAAGAUCCAAAUGAUGCUAAGAUGCUUAGAAUUGAUAAAUUAGCUGAAUUAGGUUGUUGUUGUUUUUGCACUAUUUUAUAUAUUGCAAAUGAUGAAUUUAUUGCCAAAAAUCCAGACAAAAUUAAAGCUUUCAUGAAAGCUAUUAAAAGGGCCACUGAUUAUGUUUUGGCUAAUCCACAAAAAGCAUGGGGAGAAUAUGGAAACUUCAAACCACAAAUGACUAAUGAAUUAAAUACCAAAAAGUUUGAAAGAUGUUUUGCUUAUUUCUCAGAAUCUUUGUACAAUGUUCAUCGUGAUUGGAACAAAGUCAAUAAUUAUGGUAAAAGACUUGAAAUCUUACCUCCUGACUAUAUUCCAAAUUAUACUAAUAAAUUCUUAUCAUGGCCUGAACCAAAAGAAGUUGAAGAUCCUUUGAAAGCUCAAGCAUUAAUGGCUAAACAUCAAGAACAAUGUAAGACAUGUGGUGGAUAUAGAAGAUUAGUAUUCACUUAA